ACUGUCAAGCACGAGGACGAAGGAGAGAAAGAAAGAACCGGGCCGCGCGCCCGCGGGACCGCGCACAUAGUCUAAAUCCGCUAGAUUACUAAAGCCGUGUCUCACCAAGGGAACGAUGAGCGUUGUCUUUCCUUUGCUGUUAUAGCUCACGUUAACGUACGGAGUACCGUAAGCCUCAAUGAACGGAUGAAGUGUUCAGUGGAAUACAACUACUUGGGAGGACGCCGUAUCAUCUUUUGUUUCUUUGGGUGGAAAAAGAGCCCCACGGGGGUUUUCGGGCCAGUUGGUGACCAACGACGAGCUGCGUAUUACUACUUCUUAUUAGAAUAAAGUCUUGUACCGGUGGAUAGCAGAUGCUAGGAGACGUCUACAUCCACCCUAAACUGUUCAUUUAACGUAAGGGGUUUACGAUGACCGGGGACAAAGAGCUGUUCUCCGGACCAGACACAACGGUGUCGAAGGCUAGGCUAGUUUAGGAACUAUUAUGAAAGCUAACACACUAACGUUACGUUAUCCAAGCGGGUACUUCUAACUAAUGGGACACGAGUACCGCUCCGACCACUUCUACUAAAGUCUCUCAAACUGCUCAAGCAACACUAUUCUGGAAUUCCUUUGUCAACUUUGUGAUCGAAGGACCAUAGGAAUUAGCAUGUCGUUUUUUAAUUUCCGUAAAAUCUUUAAGCUGGGAGCCGAGAAGAGGAAGAAACAGUACGAGCACGUGCGCAGAGACGAAAAUCCAGAGGAAGUAUGGGACAUAAUCGGUGAAUUGGGAGAUGGAGCCUUUGGAAAAGUGUUCAAGGCCCAAAACAAACAGACGGGAACUCUAGCUGCAGCCAAAGUUAUCGAUACAAAGACCGAGGAGGAGCUGGAAGACUACAUGGUGGAGAUUGAAAUCCUGGCCUCCUGCGACCACCCAAACAUCGUCAAACUGCUCGACGCUUUCUAUUAUGAGAGCAAACUUUGGAUCCUCAUUGAGUUCUGUGCGGGAGGGGCUGUGGAUGCAGUCAUGCUUGAACUGGAGAGACCUCUGACAGAGCCUCAGAUCAGGGUGGUGUGUCAGCAGACUCUGCUGGCCCUCGUCUACCUCCACGACAACAAAAUCAUCCACAGAGACCUGAAGGCUGGAAACAUCCUGCUCACGCUGGACGGGGACGUCAAGCUGGCUGACUUCGGUGUGUCUGCCAAAAACACCAAAACCCUGCAGAGGAGAGACUCUUUCAUUGGGACGCCUUACUGGAUGGCUCCCGAGGUGGUGAUGUGCGAGACGUCCAAGGACCGUCCUUACGACUACAAGGCGGAUGUCUGGUCCCUCGGGGUCACCUUGAUAGAGCUGGCUCAGAUUGAGCCGCCCAAUCACGAGAUGAACCCCAUGAGAGUCCUGCUGAAAAUAGCCAAGGCUGACCCUCCGACCCUGAUGCAGCCGUCCCGCUGGUCCCCAGAAUUCAGUGACUUCUUAAAGCGCUGUUUGGACAAGUAUGUGGACAACAGAUGGAGUCCCACACAACUGCUGCAGCAUCCAUUUGUGUCCAGCGUGACUGACAGCAGGCCUCUGAGGGAGCUCAUCGCUGAGGCAAAGGCUGAGGUCACAGAGGAGAUUGAAGACCACAAAGAGGAAGAAGAGGAGGAGGAGACAGAAGCGCACCUGGGCCACAAACGAGCCCCUUCCAAUAUCAGCCUCGCCAGCUCAGAGGAUGAGAAGAUCCUUCUCUCGCCGGCCAGCUUGGAGUCGGUCCCUGAGAGGGCUGAGACAGCCGUGUCCGUGCCCACACCCACCCAGCUCCUUGUGGCCAACCAUGUGGUGGACACUGGCUUUGUUGAGGAAGUCGCUUCACCUGUAGCUGAGGAGACUUCAAGUAGUCCAGAUGAGGAUGCAGGUUUGGAGGAGAAGCCCCCAGAAGAUGUUGCCUUCACAGAACCAGAGGCCCCUGCCAAGGAAAUGCAGCAGCUGGAGAUUGCAGUCGAGGAUGAAAAGGAAGUAGACACAUCAGAGGUUGCAGCCAAUCCACAGGGCACAGAAGAGGGUUCAGAGGUCACUGAGCCUCCUCACCAAGAGAACAUAACUGCUGUGGAGGAGUCAAACGCACCAGCGCAGGAGGAGGCAGAGAAAGAGAAAGACGAAGAAGAAGAGCAAGAGCGCUACAGAAAUCUCAAGGUGACACUGACACUACCGGAGCAAGAUAACGUUGUUCCAAAGAAGGAAGAUGAUGAGAAGCCCACAGAGAAGGAGAAGCUGAACGCAGAAGAUGAGAAGACGGUUCCAGACAAAGCCAAGGAUGACAAAGAGAGGGAUUCGGACUCGGGGGGCAGCUCAGCUGCAGAUAACAGCAGUGUGGACCUAAAUCUGUCCAUCUCUAGCUUUCUGUCCAAAACAAAGGAGCCAGGAUCCAUUUCCAUACAGGACAACAAGCGCCAGAAGAAGACGUUGAAAAAGACUCGCAAAUUCAUUGUGGACGGAGUGGAAGUUAGCGUGACUACAUCAAAGAUCAUCACUGAUAAUGACACCAAGAACGAGGAGAUGAGGUUCUUGAGACGCCAGGAGCUGAGGGAGCUGCGUUUCCUGCAGAAGGAGGAGCAGAGGGCCCAGCAGCAGCUCAGCAACAAGCUGCAGCAGCAGAAGGAGCAGAUCUACCGGCGCUUUGAGCAGGAGACCACGAGUAAGAAGCGUCAGUACGACCAGGAGGUGGAGAACCUGGAGCGGCAGCAGAAGCAGACCAUCGAGAGGCUGGAGCAGGAGCACACCAACCGGCUCAGGGACGAGGCCAAGCGCAUCAAAGCCGAGCAGGACAAAGAGCUGUCCAAGCACCAGAACAUGCUGAAGAACCGCAAGAAAGAGGAACAAGAGUUCCUUCAGAAGCAGCAGCAGGAUCUGGACACGGCUCUGAAGAAGAUCAUCCAGCAGCACAAACACGAGCUGGCCACCAUCGAGAGGGACUGCCUCAACCACAAGCAGCAGCUGCUCCGAGCGCGGGAGGCUGCCAUGUGGGAGCUGGAAGAGCGCCAUCUGCAGGAGAAACACCAGCUGUUCAAGCAGCAGCUCAAAGACCAGUACUUUAUGCAGAGACAUCAGCUGCUGAAGAGACACGAGAAGGAGAUGGAGCAGAUGCAGCGCUACAACCAGCGUCUGAUCGAGGAAAUGAAGAACAAGCAGACGCAGGAGAGAACCAGGCUGCCCAAGAUCCAGCGCAGCGACGCCAAGACCCGCAUGGCCAUGUUCAAGAAGAGCAUCCGUAUCACUGGAGCCGCCAUCACCCCAGAGCAGGAGAGGGAGAAGGUCAAACAGUUUGCAGCUCAGGAAGAGAAGAGGCAGAAGAAUGAGAGGCUCCAUCAGCAUCAGAAACAUGAAAACCAGAUGAGAGACCUGCAGCUGCAGUGUGACGCCAACAUCCGAGAGCUUCAGCAGCUCCAGAAUGAGAAGUGCCACUUACUCAUUGAACACGAGACCCAGAAGCUGAAGGAACUGGACGAGGAGCACAGUCUGGAGCUCAAGGAGUGGAGGGAGAAGCUGCGGCCGAGGAAGAAGGCCCUGGAGGAGGAGUUUUCCAGGAAGCUGCAGGAACAGGAAGUGUUCUUUAAGAUGAGCGGCGAAUCAGAGUGCCUUAACCCGUCCAGCCAGAGCCGCAUCUCCAAGUUCUACCCCAUCCCCACUGUCCACUCCACAGGCUUCUAGCAGACGUGCACACGGGAACGAUGGGCACGAUGAGCGUGCACACACACACACACACACACACACUCAGUACAGACCGAACCAAGUUGCCUUGCCCUCUUUCUCUGGAGACUGUUGGGAGGCUGUGGGAAGCAUUUCUAUCUCUGGACUUUGCUCCUCAGUCUGCACUCUCCUUUUGUUUCUGUCGGCAUAUUUUCAAACUAUUACAGAUAUUUUGAAGGAUAAUUUCACGUUCAGUGUUCAGUGAAGUAGCCCUUCCGUGAGUAAUAGUUUUUUAUGAACUCCGGUGCCUGUAGAACUAAUUUUGUUUGGCUGUGAAAUUCAUCAUUUACAGGAACCUUUGUUUCUUAUUUAGACAUUUAUCUGAAGGCCCUGAAAAGAUGAGGUAUGGUGGUGAUCCAGGCUGUUUUGUAACUAAGUGUUGUGAGUAGACAGUCAGCACUGGUUGCUAAGCGAUACUAAGGUACUAAGGUUUCCACCAACCUCCACCUGGAGGCACAUAAACACUGAGAUCAGACUUCCUCUCAAGGCUUCUGUACAUUUGAAUUAAAAAAAAAACAAUUUUAUACAGCUUAAACAAUUUAAACGAUUUUUUUGAUUUCUAUUUGAUGAUAACAUAGAAUGCAUUUGGCUAAAGGAGACGGAUCCUUUUGUUGAGGUGAGUCCUGCUGAAGAAAUGAUUCAGUUUAUUAGAUGAAAUCCUCUUUGGUGUGUUUAGACGUUUAGCUUGUGAUGAGUAGCGCUUGAGAUGCGGGUUUCAGGAACCUUUUCCUGCAGACACGAUUCCUGCUUUCAGGGGUUUCUCCAGAAGGCAUUCAGCAUGCAGUAGAGACGAGCGUCCGUGGGUCUUCUUUUCUUUCUUUAGCUACCAACCAGUUAUAGCCAAGCAAAAGAGAUGCAUGUUUCAUUGACUCCGGAAGUUAUGUAACUUGAAUUUCCAUUUCCAACUUCCAUCUUCUUAUUGAAAAACUGUUUGCAUGGUCCCGCUAGCUAAUAGCCUUCAUAAUGAACAUAUAAUGUGUUCUGCUGUGUGACUGAAGAAACAAAGACGACAUGAGCUCCCAGCUUUUGGUUUAUGCGGGCUGAUGUAUUGCAAUGACGCCGUGUUGAUGCACUUAGGAACUAGACUGGUGAUUGGUUCGGUGCAUCGUCUCCUUUUCUUUCUGAUUGGCUACUAAAAGGUAUUUAACAACUAAACCAGCGGAAGAAUGUUGCAGCUCCUGCAGAACUUCCUCAGCAGCUCCUUCUAUGGAAGCACCGUGUUCACUCCUUCAGUACUGCUCUGUCCGUUAGUUUGAUUCUACACACAAAAAGGUCAAUGGAUGACGUUCUAAAUGAAAACUAUGAUAUCCAUAUCAAAAUCAUGAUGUGUUUAUUAAAAUAAAUGUUUUCUUAGAGUAGAUGUGUCAUAUUGAUGUUCAUAGUGCUGUAAAUAAAAAAUGUUUCCUCUGUACUACA